AUGGCCAACUACAACUAUGACGAGGCCGGUAACAUGGCCGCAUAUUUCCUCUUGACCUGUCUUUCCAUAAUCCUGAUUCCCCUUUCAAUAUCGUCAAUACCAUCACGAAAGCGCGAGGUUAUGUCCGGUUGUCAGUGCAAACUCUGUGUCGAACAGCGGGAAAGCAUUCGCAAGCGCGAGAAAAUAUCAUUAUUGGCUCCUAAGUUCAAACUAAAAACAAUUAUCCUCAUGGCUGGUUGGGCCUUGGUCGCGUUCCUUGUAUAUAAGGUCUCCACGACCGAGGUAGAGAAUAAAGUCUAUGAUCCAUUUGAAAUUUUAGGACUUGGCAGUGGUGUAGAUUUGAAGACCAUUAAAUCUCAUUACAAGAAACUGUCCCGGAAAUUCCAUCCGGAUAAAGUGAAACUAGACAUAAACCAGACCAUCGAGGCCGUUGAAGCCAAGUUUGUGGAGAUUACAAAAGCAUACAAAUCGUUGACGGACGAAACGAUUCGGAAGAAUUGGGAGCUCUAUGGUCACCCAGAUGGUCGUCAGGAAGUCUCCAUGGGUAUUGCACUCCCCAGUUGGAUUGUGGAGAGUAGUAACAACAUAUGGGUUCUUGGCGCAUAUGGCUUGAUCUUCGGUGGUGCGCUACCUGCGAUGGUGGGCCGCUGGUGGUUCGGAAAUCGCCAGAAGACGAAGGAUGGUGUCAAUGCACGUACUGCGGCAACAUUCUUCAAGGGUUUGACGGAGGAGUCUAGUAUGGAAGAGGUAGUUGGUUCUCUUGGGAAGACGUUAGAGUGGGAACGCCCAGCGGUCAGAGCGACAAAGAAAGACGACGAGUUAUCUGAAUUGGAUAAUAAGAUCAAGGCGCAACUCGGCAACCAUUGGACAGAACUCAGCAAGCUUGCUGAGGUGAUGCCUGAGAAGCACAAUAGCCGCCAAAGAUCGUUCAUCUUGCUGUAUGCUCAUCUCCUGCGUCUGCCACUUGAUAACAAUGCUCUGCGAAAAGAGCAAGCUGACAUCCUGCUUCAAAUGCCAAGCUUGCUCAACUCAAUGCUAAAUAUCAGUACAUCGCGCAAUUUCCUGCAGCCCACACUUUCUGCUAUGCGACUCCAUGCCUACCUCGCUCAGGCCAUUGUUCCUGGUCAAGAUAAUCUCAGAUUUGCGCAGCUCCCUGGUAUCAGCCCCGAUGAGUCAACAGAGCUGUUCCCUGGUGCGAACGAGGUGGCAGAUGUCGUUAGCCUAUUGGAGAAGAAGGGCGACGAGAGGCUUCCGGAGAUAAAGAAAGCUGUGCAGAAAUGGGGUAAGAUCGACAUUGUUGAUGCUGGCUUGAAGGUGCUGGGAGAGCGAUACAUCACGCCAUCUUCGUUCAUUUCUUUCGUCCUCAAAAUUCGGUUGCUACCACCAUCCUCACAACCAUUUACCAAUGGUGUUGCUCAUGAUUCUAAGGCGGAGGAGACGAGGGAGCAAGAUUUCUUGGCUGCCAAGGGAGACGUAGAGAACAUGCCGAUCGACAAAUUUUCCAAUGGCUGGGCGCACGCUCCCUUUUGGCCCGCGAACCGCAAACCGGGAUGGUGGGUCGUGCUGUCUGACGUCAGAUCUAAUAAGAUUAUGGUUCCGCCCAUGAAGAUUUCCGAUAUCCCAAUGGGGGAAGACUAUCGCAUGUACAAGCUACAGUUCUCCGGACCACCAACUACAGGCAACUUCCACUGGAGAGUACAUGUAAUUAGCGACACAUUCGUGGGCGAUGAGCUCUCACAAGAUCUCGUGUGGAGAAUUGACGACGCCUCUGUGCUCGCGAAUGAAGAUGCGAACAACGAAGAUGAGAUCUCAGAGCCAGAGGAGGACUCAUUGGCUGGCCAGAUGGCGUUGAUGCGAGGAGGCUCCGUCAAGCAGCGACCAGACGAGAGCGAUGACGAGAGCACCACUGAUGAUGAUCGCAACGAUGACCGCGGCAACGACUCAGAUAGUAGUAGUGAUAGUGACUAG